ACAAAGAGAGUGUCAAGAUUGUUCAGAUACUGAAGCCGUUAGAGACUAUCAAUAUUCCCCCAUAACUACAUACCUGGUUCUGUGUAGGAAUGUUUAGUUUGAAUUUUCAAAAUAAAAUUAAAAAAAGAAAGUAUGUUUCACUCAAAAUUUGACUCCAAUAUUCCAAAUGAGUCCGAAACUGGGGAUGAUGUAAGGGAACAUAGCAAGAAAAGUGAAAAGAGCGAAAGUGAAGAUGCCACAGGGAACUCUGAUAGGAGAAAACAGGAAAUGAAUGAGGAAAGAGAAAACGAUAAGACAAGCUAUGAUAUUUGUGAUAAAACCGAAAAAGAUAGUCCAUUUUCCGAUGAUAAUCCUUGUCGGACAUUUUUCGAAGAGCUAGAUGAAAUUACGAAAAAAUGUAAAGUGCCUGUAGAGAACAGUCAGUGGGGGUAUUUGUUUAGUGACUCCGAGGAAGACGAGGCGACGGAGGAACUAAGUGAGAAUGAGGAUGAAUACGGCGAGAUGACGGGCGAUGACAAAGAAACCACGGACAGUGAAUUUUACGAUACCGACUUAGACGACCCGCCGCCCAAAACUUCAACGGAAGAAUCUGAAUACGGAGAGAGUGACUUCCUGAUAUGCAGACAGAAGUAUGUGGACGCAUGCGUCAAGUUUGGGAACGUGGCUCCACAAAAGAGAAUUCUUCAGGAGCUGGAGAAAAAGAACCUGUCGGUGGCCUACCGGUGUCUAAGUGCCAGGGACAUCAAACCCCUCUGUGUGGCUCUGGUGGAUAAUCUCCGUGUGGAAAGUUUGAACCUGUCUCAUUGUGACGUCAGAGACGAGGGGUGUAUCCAUGUGGCCCAGCUGCUCACGGACAAUAUUGUUAUCACUAGACUGAAUUUGAGCAGUAACGGAAUCAGCCAUGUCUCUAUGAGGUCCCUGUCACACGCUCUCACCUGUAACAGAAUCCUACAGCACCUGGACCUCUCAGGAAACAAACUAGAUGAUAAAGCUGCACUUCUCCUAGCCUCCGGUAUUGCAAAGAACUCCACCCUGAUAUCACUGAACCUCGGCAGUAAUCUACUCUGUGAAGACAGCGGACUGAUCCUUGGGGCGGGUCUGGCGGAGAACAAACGGAUACAGGAGAUGAACUUGAGCUGGAACCAGCUGUGUGGUAAAGGGACAGUAGGUGUACUAAAGGCCCUGGAGAUGAACACUACAUUGACCUCACUUGACCUCUCCUGGAAUGGUCUGCUGUACGAUGGAUCCGUGGCCGUGUCCAAAUGUCUGAAGUCCUGUAAGACUCUGACGUCACUAGACGUCUCACACAACAACAUCAACUGGAACGGUGCUUACGUCAUUUCCAAAGGUCUGGCGGCAAACAGCACGCUACAAGUGCUCAAAAUUGGAAACAACCCUUUGACUACAACAGGAGCCAUGGACCUCAUAAUGGCGGUAUCGGGGGACGACAGCAGAGUCCGUCUGCUGGAUAUGAUCGACGUGGCGGUGCUCGGUGAGGCGGAACUGAUGGCUGUCAUGGUGAUGAGUAAGCGGAAGUUCCAGCUGAUCCACGGGGGCGUGGUCAGGACGGCCGACGUACUCGGGGAGAGAAAGGAACGGGAGAUAACUGCCAUGGAACGAGUUAUUUCAUACAUGAAAUCUCUUGGAUUACGUCCCCUUGAACUAUUGCGUGCCUUUGAUAAAUCUGCCCACAUCAAUGUAUCAAAACGAGAGUUCAAAAACAGACUGAAGAGAGCCGGGGUGCCGCUGUGGCGCUAUGAGCUGGAGUCCCUGGCCCAGACCAUCUCCUCGCGCUCCACAGACAGCAGCAUAGGCAUCAACUACAAGAAAUUGAUGGACGAAGUCCAUCACCAAGUAUUGAGCGAGAGAAACAGGAAAAUCGCCGAGCGUGUCAAAAGAGAGAAACGCAGGGAGUACCACAGACGUAUACUGAACGUCAACCUCCCCCUGGAGGUGCUGUCCGAGACGGACGAGGAGAUUCCCCGACCCCCCACCACCCUCAGUGACAGGUCAGGCUCUGUGACGUCACACGGACGCACUCUGUCCCGGACCACCAGCAAGAAAUCUGUCCUCUCGCUCCCCAAGAUCCCAAAAUCAGUGUCAUCGCACCCAACACAGCCAUUGGAAAUAAAACAAAUUGUCCCAACCCAGAGACCUGUAAAAACGCUGUCUAUGUGUGCGCCUUUGGGCUGUCCCCAUAAACCUGAAAAGAAGAAGUUAAAGAAGAAGAGGAAGAAGGGGGCGGCCAUGAAGAGGCACCAGGAGGGGCAAUCCUGGAUGUCGGUGAAGAUCAUCUAAUAUCUCAGACAGGGAAUGAAAACCCCCCAGAUUUUUCGAAUUUUAUUAAAAGUAGCCAAUUAAAAAGAAACUGUUAUUUCGUUCGACCUUAACUCUAGCUAAUUUAACGUUACAAUUUGUCUAGCUUUAAUUGUUAAUGAUUAUAUUCAAAACCGAUGUAUAGAUCGUUGUGACUGAGA